UAACAACAUAUAACAAAACACAUAGAUAAGACUGCACAAUUUAGCCACUGGUAAUAUUUAAUAGAGAUACUGUCAUAUUAUCACAAAAAAUAGAAAUAAACCACAGCGACGCCAAAUAAACCCCAAAAUAAACCAAUACAUAGUCGGAUCCCUGCAGUGACCACUCCGCGCCGCUAGAGGCACUGUUCGUGUGGCUUCACGUUGGCAUACUGUACCGCUUUACUGACGUAGCGAAAAAUAAUACAAAUCUGAGAGAGGCAGCUCGGUUUUGUAGUAGGAAUGGGUCACUUAAACGGCGCUGUUCUGCCACGCUUUGCACUUUCCACCUUUUUAUUAUUGUUAUCCUGUAUAUUUGGGCUGUCAGCCGGUACGGAGCUGAGUUUUGUGACAUGCGGGUCAGUUAUUAAACUGUUAAAUAUAAAGCACAAUGUGAGACUACACUCGCACGACGUACGCUACGGGUCCGGUAGCGGGCAGCAAUCUGUAACAGGAGUGACUGCAGUGGAAGACAGUAACAGCUACUGGAGUGUUCGUGGGACAAGUGACACCUUGUGCCAUCGGGGUACCCCAGUCAAGUGUGGGCAGACAAUCCGUCUCACUCAUGUCAACACAGGCCGUAACCUGCACAGCCACUACUUUGCCUCCCCGCUCUCCUCUAAUCAGGAGGUGAGUGCAUUCGGUGAAGAGGGGGAAGGGGACCACCUGGACGAGUGGACAGUUCAGUGCGGGGGAUCCGUAUGGAAGCGCGAGGAGGCCGUCCACUUUCGUCACAAGGCCACUGACGCAUUACUGGCCGUGACAGGGGAGCAGUAUGGACGGCCGAUCCAUGGUCAGAGAGAAGUUCACGCCAUGUCGAACCCCAGCCAGCACAGCCUGUGGAAGGCCAUGGAGGGCAUCUUCAUGAAGCCCAGCGAGAGCCCGGCAGGGAGCCGAGACUACAGUCACUCACACACAGAGUUCUGAGCUUCACGUUUCUUCUCUGCUUCUGUCUCUUCCCAUUUUCCUCCCUGUCUACCUCUGUUUUCCUACCUCUGUCUCAAAUUACAUCUGCACCAGCAGCCUUCAAAUCUGUCUCUUACCCCACUUUUCUUCUCGCAUUUUUCUCUCAUAAACCUUUGUCUGUCAUCUUUUGAGGACAAAGUCUAUCAUGGAUCAGAGUACAACUACUUCAUUUUAUCAAUCAUUAUCAACUUCAAACAGUCAUUGUGUUUUAAAUUUAAUGUUAACAGACAAAAUAUCUGUGGACAUUAAUUUGGAAACACUAUCGCAUCCUUGAAGUUUCAGCAGCUGCAAUACUUGAAUAGUACUGUAGUUUGCCUUGACAGGUACAAGAAGAAGUAAAGUUACUAUAAAAGCUGUUUGACUGUAUAAAGACUCAUCUUUAUUAUAGUCUGUGACACUUUACAUCUAAGAAGAGGUGCUCCUCUCAGCUGUUAUUUAUUGUUGAAUAACUUCCAUCAGCAGUCACACUACAACACAGAAGGCAGCACAGUUUUUGCAGAUCAGUACAUUUAAGUCAACAAGGGAGUUUUGUGUUUUGUUGGACUCAAUCGAAAAUGCAUUGUUACACGUGUGCCUUUAUCCUGUUUUAAAAUGUAGUAGGUGUUUACAUUGUGGAGCCUUUUAAACUUUUGGAAACAAGAAUUUUAUUGUGUUUUUACAGUAUUUGUAAGCCAUAUUAUACUCAGACAGCGGAGGAACAGUGUUAAUUUCUCUUUUUUUUUUCUUUAAGUCAGAUUCAGUAUUGUUAUAAAUUAUUCCUACUCUAACUGACAUGAGAGAAUAAUCAGUCUUGUAUGUGGAGGAUCUGUUUAGCCUGAAUAAACACCCUUUUAGCAGACAUGGUUCUUCUACAACCGUGACUAAGCAGAAAUCCACAUGCCUUAUUUGAAUUUACAUCAUUGAACUGGAUUCUUGUUGUCAUUGUUUGAUCAGUUUCCAGGUGUUUUACAUUCAUGCUGUCUCUGCAUGCUUACAUGUUGGAUUAACUCUAUUCAAGAGGUUCAUAUGAGCAACAAAACUGCAAUAAAUACCUCAUAAUAAAUAGAUUUUUAUGCA